AUGCACCGAAUUGACCCCAUUACGGAAAUUUUUUCAGGUUCUCAAAAUUCAUUUAUAGAAAUCAUCUUACCAGAAAAAGUCCAAGAAAGUGCACAAUCAAAAGAAGGAAAUGAAGAGAUAUCUUAUAUUAUUCCAAUAGAUCAAAAACCAUAUAUUGUACACCUGAAGCAAAGAUAUUUUUUGGCUGAUCGUUUUAUGGUUUAUUUGUAUAAACAAGGAUCUGUGACUUCUCAUUCUCCAGAUAUUUCGGCUCUGUGCUACUAUCACGGCUAUGUGGAAGGAUAUCCAGGUUCUGUUGUCACACUAAGCACAUGCUCCGGACUGAGAGGAAUGUUGCAAUUUGAAAAUGUUUCUUAUGGAAUCGAGCCUUUGGAAUCUGCUGUUGAAUUUCAGCAUAUUCUUUAUAAAUUAGGGAAUGAAAACAGUGAAUUGGAACGUUUUCAUGAAAACAGCAGAAACCUGGAAAAAAAUCAAGUGGACUAUAACAUUUUUAUAAGUAAAAAAUUAGAUCCACCGCCUCCAACCUUGCUUCCUCUGUAUCUAGAAAUGAUUGUUGUGGUGGACAAAGGUUUGUAUGAUUAUUUGGGCUCUGAUAGAAUGAUUGUAACAAAUAAAGUCAUUGAAAUGGUCAGCCUGGUAAAUUCAAUGUUUGCACAAUUUAAUGUUACUGUUGUGCUAUCAUCAUUGGAGCUGUGGUCAGACAAAAAUAAGAUUUUGACAAGUGGUGAGGCAGAUGAGCUACUGAAAAGAUUCUUAGAAUGGAAACAGUCUUACCUUUCUCUAAGACCUCAUGAUGUUGCAUAUCUAUUAAUUUACAAGGAUCACCCAACCUAUGUGGGGGCAACGUUUCCUGGAAAGAUGUGUAUUUCUCAAUAUUCUGUAGGAAUUGCACUGUAUUCCAGGGAAAUGGCUUUGGAGGCAUUUUCAGUUUCUGUCACCCAGAUGCUGGGGAUCAAUCUGGGCCUGUCAUAUGACGACCCACAGAAAUGUCACUGCUUAGAAGCUGUGUGUAUCAUGAGUCCAAAAGCUAUGCAGUCCAGUGUUCUGAAGACUUUCAGCAAUUGCAGUCAGAGUGACUUUCAAGCUUUCAUUUCAAAUAUUGGUUCCAAAUGUCUUCAGAACAAGCCACAGAUGCAGGCGAAGCCCCCCCCAACCGUCUGUGGUAACAAUAUAGUGGAGGGAAAUGAAGACUGUGACUGCGGCCCCGAAGAGAAAUGCAAAACUCCUGACUGCUGCGAUCCUCAAACUUGUAAGCUGAAAUCAGGGGCAAAGUGCGACCCCUCGAACCCCAAUACUCCGUGCUGUAAAAAUUGUCAACUCUUGUCAACAUCUACUCUUUGUAGACCUAUCGCGCAUGCUGAGUGUGAUGUACCUGAAUAUUGUAAUGGAAGUUCAGAGUACUGUCCACCUGAUGUAUUUGUAAUCAAUGGGAACAUGUGCAAAAAUAAAAAGUACUUUUGUUAUGAUGGAAAAUGCCAUGAUCUUGAUGAACAAUGUGAGAAAGUAUUUGGAGCAGGUUCAAAAAAUGCUCCAUUUGCUUGCUAUGAAGAAAUACAAAGUCAAACAGAUAGGUUUGGCCACUGUGGCUUCACUGCUAAAGGAAAAUUCAAAUCCUGUGGAUGGAGAAAUCUUAUAUGUGGGAGAUUAAUUUGUAUUUAUGGUAAACGAAAACCCUUCAUCCCUGCUGACAACACCUCUUCUGUGAUUUAUGCCUAUGUGCGAGAUAACAUCUGUAUAACUACAGAGUUUGGGGGGAAACCGGAUCCGCUCCUCCUCAAGAGUGGCCCCAUAUGUGAUGAAGGAAGGAUAUGUGUGGAUUUUGUAUGUGUAGAAUCAAGAAUACUUCAGGAAGAGGCAGAAACUUGUUCACGCUCAUGCCAAGGACAUGGAGUGUGUAAUUCUAAAGGUGCUUGCAUAUGUGACAAAGGCUACCAACCACCAGACUGCGCAAAAGCCCGGAGAGCUUCCAUGUGGCCAGAGAAAGGGGCUCUCACAGUGGAAGGAAUGUCUCUGAAAGCUGAGAAGAAGUGGCUACUGGGCUUAUACAUCGGGUUACCUGUGCUCAUUGUGGCAACUGCGAUAGUCGUGGUACGGAAGAAUUGGGAAAAGUGGUUUGCUAAGAAAGAGGAAUCCCAAAGUGGCAAGUAA